AUGUAACAAGCCUGUUUAUGCUGCUCCCCCAAAACAAAGACUUGGUCAGCCAGAUUGGUCAUUAAGACUUGGAUGCGCGAUGAUGAAUGUUGUGUUUGUGCUUUGUGCUCUUGUAGCGCUGACAGUCGGGAUUGUGUUUGAUAAGCCUGGAGAAUGUCCGGAUGUGACGUCACAGGGUCGUGUCGUUCCACAAGUUCCCGGAUGCAAAUCGGAUUUCAACUGUCUUGCAACGGAUAAAUGCUGCAUGGGAAUGUGCCUGGUUCCCGAAUGUGAUAUGGUGGACGACCAAAUGAUUCCGUGCGAGUUUGAUCCAUGUGAAAAUGAAACAUGCUUUAUCAAGGAUGCUGUUUGCUAUUCAGAUCCGUGUAACUUCACCUGUGAGCCAGUAUGGUUGACCCCAACGGAAGACGUCACUGUCGAGUGUUUCCUUGGCGACGUUGAUGAUGACGUCAGCGAUUCAUCUGAGGACACUGAUGAAGACUCCGACUAUGACUCCGAGGAAUAUGAGGACUAUUAUGGUCAAACUGAUGUUGAUGACAACUCAGAUGAAGAAGAGACUGUUGAUAAUGAUGAAGUUGACGGGAACGGCACACAAGUUGACGCCAACAAGGGCAAUGAUAGUGACGACCCCGAUAGUGAAGAAAAUGAUAUGGAAGCAGAAAAAAGCGAAGAAAACUUUGAUAUCGACGAUAGUGACGAUGAUGACGAGGAAAAGGACAUGAAGCCAUACAGUAAAUGGGAACGUAAGAAAUGGCAAAAGCUGCAAAAGAAGGAACGAAAGGACAAGAAGAAGGCUGGGAAGGAGGGGAAAAAGAAACUCAAGCAGGAACUAAAAUAUCAGAAAAAUACGAUAAAGGUUCAACGAAAGGCCGAAAAGUUUGCAGAAAAACUGGACAAGUGGCUGGCAACAGGAAGAGAGGAUAAAUUGAUUAAAUGGGGAAACAAGUUGGAGAAAAAGGCUGAAAAGAAGUAUGAAAAGGCGAAAGGCAAGCAGAACAAAGAUAGAGGUAAUCCAAAACACAAGGUCAACGAACUGUGGGAAAAGAGGGAAGAAAUGAUUGCUAGACUUCGAUCAAUGUCACAAGAGGAACGGAAUGCGUAUUGGGGAGAACAUUUUGGACACGAGAACGGAUUCUGGUCGAGAAUGGAUCGACCGGAAGUUCCCGAAAACCACGAGAGCCAAGAAACGGACGACCAAAAUAACAGUAAGGACAGAUAUGGUUAUUGGAAGGACAAGAAGGACAAAUUCGAUAGAAAGAAAGACAAGAAAGAAAAGAAAAGGAACAAACCGCAUUGGCGCGGGAAGGGCAGACAAUGGUAAUAGCUGUGAUUUGCAAAGAAACAAUGGAUAUUUUUACGUUUUAUUUGUAGGAUGAAUUAAAGACAAAAUAACUAUCAAUGGCGAACUUAACAAGCACAUAGAAAACGAAAACAAACGGCUGAAUGGUAAAUUGAAAUUCUUAAACAAAAGAAUAUUAAUGUAAGUGUGACAAUAAAAGAUUCGCCUAUGUUCAUGUGGUUCUCUGUCAUUGUGUAGACUUGAAUUCAGGUGCUCUGUUCUUGAUAUGCAUGUUUUACAAACGGAGAAG